AUGGUCUUCAAUCAACCAAAGACAAUCUUUAUUUUGGUAUUAUUAGCCAUUGUUACAACUCAAUGUUUGGCAAGACAUGCUAUAUCAAACCAGAAAGCUAGAGAUUACUUUCAUAGAAGAGAAAUGAAUUAUGAUUUAUUAAAGAGAUUACUUCUGUCUCAACGUGCUGAUACCAGUUGUCCUAAACCUUAUAUCCUCCAAGGUGAUUCUUGCGUUUGUGCCUAUCGUGUAGCUGUUGAAACUUUCGACAAUGCUCAAUAUCUUGUUAAUACUGAUCACUAUCAGGCUGUCAAAGCUGGUCUUUAUACAAUUACUGAUAUUGAUGGUAGUUGCGGACCCGCUUGUCCUGAUGGUUACCAUGUCAUUCAUUAUAGUGAUCUCACCCAAGAAUUUGCGGGUUAUGGUGAUAAUAUUAAUUCUGAUGAAGUUGUUACUGUUUAUGACUUUCCUGCUGCUGAUGCUGGUUCUUCUGAUCGUUCUCAAUAUGUUCCUAUUACAAUGCUUUCUCAUACUAUUAUUCGCGAUCCAGCAACAGGAGCAAUCACCUUGAAAGACGCCGCUGCUAACCGCUUUUGCCAGAAGUCAUAG